ACGAACGUCAAGCACUCGCCAUGUCUGCCUCGGUCCUGAUAUCCACUUUCUCCCCUUUCCCCACACUGUCGCUCUCGGCGCCCGUCGAUGCUCCGUUCCAUACUCUCUACGACCUCCUCGCUGAACGCUAUCCCGAGCUGCCUCUAGACCUAGUACUUUCCCCGCAUCGUGGAUGUGCUCCUGCUCUAGACGCACCGCUUUCAUCUCUAUGGACAGCUGACAGUGCCAACAAUGGCGCACCCCUGGUCAGCUUGCGGCUUGUCCCAAGGCUCCGAGGAGGCAAGGGUGGUUUCGGCUCUCAGCUGCGUGCCGCAGGAGGUCGCAUGAGCAGUCAAAAGACGAGCAACAACGACUCGUGCCGAGACCUCAGCGGACGGCGCCUCAGCACGAUCAAGGAAGCGAAGAGACUAGCUGAACACAUCGAGAGCGAGCCUUUGCGCAAGAAGGCUCAACAAGAGGCUCAGCGCGCAAAGCUUGAGGCUUUGGAGAAAAAGCUUGGCAUGGCUCCUGGGGGAUCGUCGGACUCCGAUCCGUUGGCGGGCAAGAAGCACCGCCUCGAUGACACGGAGUACUUGGAACAAAGCAGGGAGAUUGUUGACAACGUGAAGAAUGCGGUAUCUAUCGCUAUGCUCAAGAAGAAGAAGAAAGCAAAGACCUCCCACAAUCCUCCUGCAGGAUCAUCGUCAGCCAGUUCGGUAGACAAGUCCUCGACGUCUGCUACAACAACGUUCGCUGCUGCGUCUGCUGCCGCCGCAGUGGCUGAUGCUACUUCGGUUGUUUCAGAGAAGAUCCGAGAAUCUGUCGCAAUUCCUGCUGCUUCAGUCGCGUCCGCAGCCGUUGGCGUGGCCAAUGCCUGAUUACCACGUUCCUAGUUGUACCAUGAUGACAUUAUGGCAAGAUGGUACGCGCGCGGAUAGUUGUUUGUG